UUGUCUAAAAUUUUGAAUUUAAAUUUAUUAAAUAUUGGUUAAAUUAUUAACAACAGGGGUGGUAAACUAAGAAAAACAAUUAAAAGAAAAUGACUACUGAUAAUAAAAAACUUUCUGUAUAUCAUUUAGGCGAUUGUCUUGGGAAGGGUGCAUUUGGUGCAGUAUAUCGUGGAUUAAAUCCAAAUACUGGAGAAACAGUAGCAGUAAAGCAGAUAAAGCUACAUAAUAUUCCAAAAACUGAGUUGAAAGUUAUUAUGAUGGAAAUCGAUCUUCUUAAAAAUUUAAAUCAUCCUAAUAUUGUAAAAUAUCAUGGUUUUUUUAAAACUGCUGAUGCAUUGAAUAUCGUUCUUGAAUAUUGUGAAAAUGGUUCUCUUCAGAGCAUAUGUAAAACUUUUGGGAAAUUUCCUGAAAAUUUAGUAGCAGUCUAUAUUACUCAAGUAUUACAUGGCCUUCUUUAUCUUCAUGAUCAGGGUGUUAUUCAUAGAGAUAUUAAAGGUGCAAAUAUUUUGACAACUAAGGAAGGAUUUGUAAAGCUGGCUGAUUUUGGUGUGGCCACAAGGACGUCAUCAUUGAGUGAUUUUACUGUCGUUGGAAGUCCUUAUUGGAUGGCACCUGAAGUAAUUGAACUUAGUGGUGCUACUACCGCAUCUGAUAUUUGGAGUGUUGGUUGUACUGUUAUUGAACUUUUAGAGGGAAAACCCCCGUACCACAAAUUGGAUCAGAUGCCUGCUUUAUUCAGGAUUGUUAAUGAUGAACAUCCUCCACUUCCUGAAGGUUCUUCUCCUGCUACUCGAGAUUUUCUUAUGCAAUGUUUUCAGAAGGAUCCUAAUCUUAGGGUAUCUGCAAAAAAGUUACUUAAACAUCCUUGGUUGGUUAAGCAAGGAAGAUUAUAUGAUAAAAUAGUUCCUCAAUCUGCUGCAAAAUAUGAUGAUGUUAUAAAAAGUGUUCAACAGUGGAACGCUGCUUUAAAGUCCCCAGAUAUUGGGACUAUUCGAAAAUCAUCUAUAUAUUCUACGCAACCAUUUAAACCUACUGAUUUUUAUUUUUCUGCCAAUGAAACUAAAGAACUUACUUUAAAACAUGUUUCUGAAAUAAAUAGAUUGAAGACAGAAGCUUUUAGGUCUCCUGAUGAUUCAAUUACAUCAAAUUGGGAUAAUGAUUUUAUUACUGAUAUUUCUCCGUCUAAACUACUAUUAUCUGAUUCAUAUUGUAGAGCAACUGGGUUAAACAAUAAGGUCUCGUAUAAGAAUAUAUCAGAAAUACCAUAUAGAUUUAAAGAAAUAUCUUCUAAAUCCUUAGAUAAUUGGAAUAAAGAUUUUGAAGGAGGGUUGACAUUAGGAAGCUUUCAAAAAUUAAAAAUAUCUGUUAAUGAAGAUAUUGAAGAUAAUAUGAAGACUAUACGGCCUCUUAAGAACGUAAAAUAUAAUGAUUCUACUAAUGUGUCGUCUUCUAAUACCGAACUUCAAUUAUCUGAUGAAUGUUCUAAAGACAUUCCAUCUUUUCAUUAUGAAAUAACUGAAGAUUAUUCUGAUUUGGUUCCUGAGAAUGAAUAUUCUUUUGCUCAAAAGGUGGAUCAAUAUAAGAGGGAUAACUUAACAAAUCUUCGCCUUUUUCAUCCUAACGAUAUAAAAAUGCUUUCUCAAUCUUCACAUCCACUGAAGAAGUCUCGUUUUUGUCAAAAUUCUUCUAUAUUAACUACUGAAAAUAAUUCAUUUAGUGCUGCUAAUUGUUCUACUGAAAUAUCUCAGUAUAUUGAGCAUGAUGAUGAUGAGACUGAUUAUUCCAACAUUUUCAGUCAUUUAAGUCGACGCGAUGAACAAGGCGAUCUAUCAUAUUCAGAUACAUUAAUGCUUAAUACAAAACUUUCAUAUAAUUCAUGGUUUUGUGAUGAUGCUAGUGAUGAAGAUGAUCUUUUUUUGCAAAUAAAUGAAGGGUUUGAGGAAAUGGAUUUGGAUGCCAAUAUUGCUAGAGAGCAACAAGCUAGGACUGCUGAGCGUGUUAUUUCUAUAGUAGAUUCUUUAAAAGUUGAUCAAGAUGAAUCGAGCUUGAUUACUAGAUGCAGUGAUUUGAUGUCUAUUCUUUCCGAAUCUUCUGAUUUUAAAGCAAAUGUCAUUGCAGCAUCGGGUUUAUUACCAAUUUUAGAAAUUCUUGAUGUUUGUCAAAGACGAGAUCUUAUUUUGCAACUUUUAAAAAUUGUUAAUCUUGUUAUGGAAGGUAAUAUUGAAGCUCAAGAAAAUCUGUGUUUUAUAGGAGGUAUUCCUGUUAUUACCAAAUUUGCGUCAAAAAAAUAUUCAUAUGAUAUAAGAAUUGAAGCCGCAUUUUUUGUUAAGAUGUUAUGUCAUUCAUCAGGAAUAGUAUUGCAAAUGUUUCUUAGUUGUCGUGGUUUAAAUGUUCUUGUCGAGUUUCUGGAAGAAGAUUAUGAAGUACAAAAGGAUUUUGUUUGGAUUGGAAUUAAUGGAGUAUGGAGUAUCUUUGAAGCUCAGGGUUCUUCUCCUAAAAGUGAUUUUUGUAGAAUAUUUGCAAAAAGUGGAAUAAUGGAUCCUCUUUCUCUUGUUUUGCAUCAUGUAUUAAAUGAGGAACAAACAGAAUUGAAUAGGAUGUGUAGUGAAAGGAUUGUGAAAAUUUUUUUAUUGUUUUCACAAGCAGAUAAUACUGUAAAGGAAUUGAUUACAACUAGAGGAGUUAUAAAACGAAUUUUGAAAGAUCUAUUUAAAAUGCCUUUAUCUUUAUUGAUUAAUAUGUUAAAAUUUGUUAAAAAUUUAUCAACGGUUCCAGCAACUUUGGAUACGUUACAAAAUGCUAAUACUAUUGAAAUAUUAACAGAAAUAUUAGCGUCACAUGAAGGUGUAUCUAAUUCAAAGGAUAUUUAUAAUCAAGUUUUAAAUACUAUGUAUAAUUUAUGUCGUCUUAGUAAAUCACGUCAAGAAGAAGCUGCAUUGUCUGGUGUUGUUCCCUUACUUCAGAAUAUUGUUCAGAAGGUGCCUAUUUUAAAGGAAUUUGCAUUACCUAUUCUAUGUGAUUUAGCACAUGCUAGUAAGGUCUGUAGAAAAGUUUUAUGGCAAAAUGGUAGUUUAGAAUUUUAUUUGUCUUUAUUAAGUGACCCAUAUUGGCAAGCAAAUGCAUUAGAUGCUAUACUUGUUUGGUUUCAAGACGAUAGUGGAAAACUAGAAGAAUAUCUUUUAAGACCAUCCUCGAUAUUGGCAAUCAUGGAAGCAUUUAGCACUGCCAUGGCUAAUUCUUUUGAAAAUCUAUUAGAAUGUCUUCAUAAACUUCUUCGUCUCAGUCAGAGAAUAGCAUGUGCAUUGGCUCAACCUAAAUUUUUUGAAAAAUUGGUCAGAAGACUUCAACAUCAGAAGCCAAUUGUUAGACUUAAUCUUUUGCGUGUUUUAAGAAGUAUUUGUAAUGCUCAUCCUUCUAAACAAGCUCUUAUAACACAGUAUGGACUUUAUGAUAUAAUUGAGAAACUUAGUCGGCAGGAUACAGCUGUUCUUGUUCGUGAGCUCGCGAAAGAUAUUUUGAACCAGACAUGGAUGGAUAAUUCUGAAAGUAGUAAAUUAAGUAAUAGUUAUAAUAGUGAAUGCUCAAAUCAACAAGUUUCAACGGUAUGGUUUGAUGCUAAUGAUAGGUUAAUAUACGAUAGGCUUGACGAAUUAUCUAGUUCAAGGGGUAUAUUUGAUAAUGAUAUUGUAUGUAAAACACCAAAAACAGAGGUACAUCGACGUCAUAAUAUACAGAAAAGAUAUUGA